AUGAACAAGUUCCAGUAUCUCAUAUUCCUAAGUCUUGUCUACGAAACAUCAGCCGAUUGGAUCAAGAAACUUCAAACUAAUACACACUCGAACUUCGUAGUGUGGUCGCUUGAUCGCAUUCUCAAAGAAGAUGCACAUGUGGCGGCGAGAGUUGUUGGAUUAGCCAUGGUGUUGCGUAGUAAGCCUGAUGCUUUGAAAUUGUCGAUGCUGAUGUGGAGACCUAAGUAUCACGGCGAGGACAAGCUUCCGCUUGUAGCCUGA